AUGGCUACUGUAUCAAAGGAGAACGUGCUGCAGGCGCUGGAUGUGUUGCUGAAUAACCCGAGCAAUGAGCUCAAACAAGAGGCUUCCAAGUACCUGGAGCGAGUGCAAGUUUCUCCUCAGGCCUGGACAGUGGUGGAUGAGAUAUUGCGCGAGAACUCUAAUGAACAG